AUGAGACCUCUAUCUUUGAAAGGGCAUGAUAGGGCAUUGACUCGUGUCCGCAUAAAUCGCGAUGGUGAUCUGCUGUUUUCGGCCGCUAAAGAUAAGUCACCGUCUGUAUGGUAUACAGAGAAUGGUGAACGCAUUGGAACUUAUGAUGGACAUAGCGGUGUUAUAUGGGAUAUAGAUGUUUCGUGGGAUACAACGCAUUUAUGUUCUGCAUCGGGUGAUGGUUCUGUUAAGUUGUGGGAUUGUGAGCGUGGUGAAGUACUGCAUUCUCUAACCACUCCAACUGUAGCGAGGUCAAUUGCAAUGUCUUAUAGUGGUAAUCUUCUUGCAUUCACUACAAUCAAAAUGACUCAAAAUAUGGCAUUAUUGUGCGUAUACGAUAUUCGUGAUGGCUCUCAAAUGACCGGUGAAUCACAGCCGACAUUGAAAAGUCAAUUGAAUAACCAAGCAAAUUCAUGUGUUUGGACGCAUCUUGAUGAUACGGUUUGUAUAGGAAAUGAAAAAGGUAAUUUGCAUCAUUAUGAAAUACGAGGAGGUGAGGUGUCGAACUUCAAUAAUAAUGCGCAUAAAUUUCAAAUCCAUGAUAUGCAAAUGAAUAGUGAUCAGAGCUUUUUGAUUACGGCAUCAAAAGAUAAAACAGCGAAACUUUUCGACGCAAAAACAUUGGACCUGUUGAAGACAUACAAAGCCGAACGACCUGUAAACUCAGCAGCGAUCUCUCCUACUCGAGAUCAUAUAGUGCUUGGUGGUGGUGAAGAGGCUAUGACUGUUACGCAAACAGCACUCUCAUCUGGUCAUUUCGAGGCGAAACUCUAUCAUAUGGUGUUUGAAGAGGAGUUCGCGAGAUUCAAAGGACAUUUCGGUCCAAUAAAUACACUUGCAUUCCAUCCAAGUGGCAACUGUGUUGUAUCUGGCGGAGAGGAUGGCUAUAUCAGAAUUCAGGAAUUCGAUUCCGAUUAUAUGAAAUUCGAUUAUGACUGCUGA